UGCCGGGCGAGCAGUGUACUUUCAUCAGUACCACCAGUGACCAAUACAGGAUUGUCACGGUAGUAGACGAACAUGGCAACUAUGAGAGCGACGUUUCGUGUAAAAUUUCAUUUCGAACUGACGAGAGUAAAAAAUUCUUUCUGCGCGUGACAAGAAUGGACAUGGAAUUCUCUAACCAAUGUGCGAGUGACUCGUUGCGUAUAUACGACGGCACCUCGGAAAACGACGCAUCACUGACCGGUAAUGCAUACGGAAUAUGCGGACGUUCAUUGUCGUUACCGAACUAUUUUUAUUCUACCGGAAACGCUGUAAGCGUCCAGUUUGUGACGGAUAACGCUAACAAUAACGGAGAAGGCUUCGACAUUUUAGUUACGGCGUAUAAACCAGUGGACAGUACAGAAGAGUGUGAAGAUGUGGAUGGGUUCCUAUGCCUUGAUGGCAGCAAGUGUAUGAGCAAAAAUGUAUACUGCAAUGGUCAUUCCCAAUGUGCAGAAGGCAGCGAUGAACCGACCACUUGCAGCAACGUCUCGGGUCGUGCCAGUAUCAGCUCGUUUCUUCUUGCCUUCACUGUAACUAUGACGACGAUUCUGUUUGCAUCUACUAAACAUAUGUCACAUCAUUCACAAUGAGGACACCGUUUAACCGCCCAUCUUGCCAAGCUAUUCCCAUGUGAACGAAGCGAAGGAAGCUUGAAAUCAAAACUGUUCUUAUCAAGUAUCUAUAAUCGCGAUGUAUGUACUUGAAUAAAACAUAAAUUAU